CCACUGCUAUCUCUCCUUUCUCUCACCUAAUCAAAACUCUCUUGUGUGAUAAAAUUAAUAAUUCAUUUCGCCGGCAAAAAAAAAUGGUGGAGCAGAAAAGAUACGCUCUGUUUCUUGCGACUUUGGACUCAGAGUUCGUCAAGAAAGCGUACGGGGGAUACCACAACGUGUUCGUGUCAACGUUCGGAGACGAAGGAGAGCAGUGGGACUCCUUUAGGGUCGUCAGCGGUGAGUUUCCCGAUGAGAAAGAUCUCGACAAGUACGAUGGCUUUGUUAUCAGCGGAAGCUCUCACGACGCUUUUGAGAACUGUGAUUGGAUCCUUAAGCUCUGCGAUAUUGUCAAGAAGAUCGACGAGAUGAAGAAGAAAAUUCUUGGCAUCUGCUUUGGCCACCAGAUCAUAGCCAGAGUAAGGGGAGGAACAGUAGGACGCGCAAGGAAGGGACCAGAACUAAAACUUGGAGACAUAACAAUCGUCAAGGAUGCGAUUACACCAUUAAGUUACUUCGGAGACGAGGUUCCUGAGACAAUGGCGAUCAUCAAAUGCCACCAGGACGAAGUCUUGGUGCUGCCUGAAACUGCUAAAGUGCUUGGCUACUCCGACAACUACGAGGUGGAGAUGUUCUCUAUCGAGGAUCAUUUGUUCUGCAUUCAAGGACAUCCUGAGUAUAACAAAGAGAUUCUCUUCGAGAUUGUCGAUCGUGUUCUUGGUCUAGGCUACGUCAAGCAAGAUUUUGCGGAUGCGGCAAAGGCAACGAUGGAGAAGAGGGGAGCAGACAGGAAGCUUUGGGAGAAGAUAUGCAAGAACUUCCUCAAAGGCAGAGUAUCCGACUAACUAACUAAUAUCACUCCCAGAUUAUGAUCUAUUUGGCUCUCUUGUCAUAUACUACUGGGACGACAUGUAUUGAUUUAAUAUUACUUGUUGCUUUAUUCAUGUCAAUGUAUAAUCCUAUUAAACUCCAGCAUAACAUAUUUGUGUGUUAUACUACCCAUAAUAAUAAAUUAAUAAAGAAACUAAGUUAUUUAAAA